AUGCUGGACACCGUGCAUGGUCGUGCCGUCGGUCGAUUUGGCGCGAGGGAGCCAGCUCCGACGACGACCAGACGACCCGUCGAUUCGGCCCUACCUUGCAAGCAAAGUACAAGGGAAGAAGCGGCACGCGUGGCGGCAGCGCAAGCCCUGGCGGACGUAGAGCAGCAAAAGGCAGCCACGGCGGCACUCAAACUCGAACGAAAAUGGGAGAUGGCAAGGGAGGAAGCGGAGAAAGCGCAGCGACGGCAGCUGGCCGUGGAGCAGUGGACGCUCGCCAAGCGACACCACCUUCGAGCCCUCGUCCUGUUCCAAGGGUGGCGGCCGUGGCGUCAUCUUGUGGCCAUGUGCAGGACGAAAGCCAUCAAGGCCAAGCAUUGGCACCACGACACGACCCUCCACCAGCGCUUUGGCGCGUGGGUGGGGUACCGAGACGCGUGUCGUGCUCAAGCUCGGGCGAUUCGGACGGCGCGACUGCGCGCGGCGGCAACCUGGCACGACAAGCGAUGGCUGAAUCGAGUGAUGCUCCAGUGGCAGGCCGUGCGGGAGGCCACGGUGCAAAGAGAACUGUCGGUUCGAACAGCGUCUCACAACCACCUCGUCCGGCGCCUAUGGGGUGUCGUCAAGAGCCUGACGGACGCUCGAAAGGCUCAGCUCUGCCGUCUUCAGGUCAAGCGCGAGGCCGACGCCAAGCGACGAGUGCUGCAUGUGUGGUCAUGUCGUGUGGGAGUGUGGAGAAAGGAAGCAGCAGCUAAACGCGAAAAGGACAGGAUGUGGCGCCAGAUGCACGUGUGGCUAGCCGACGACAACAACUGA